AUGUUUGGCGCGACAGCUGCGACGACGACCUCUUCUGCCUGCGCUCAAAGCGCGCGACAGAGUUCGAGAGUCCUUUCGUCUUCGCUGACGAGCAGCAGCUCGACGUCGUCGUCGUCGGAAUCCUCGUUAUUGUUCUCGUCGUUAAGAAAUACUCAUCGUCACCGGCAGAGGAACGCGUCGUCACCGUCUUCGUCGUCAUCAUCAUCGAAGAAAGGAAAUGUAAUCUUAACCUCGGCAAAACUGGCAUUAAUCCCGUCCUAUUCCAACCUCCCGCACCCGGCGAAAACGGCGAAAGGCGGCGAAGACGCGUGGUUUAUCAAACCGGACGUGAAAGGUGGAGGGGUAAUCGGCGUCGCGGACGGGGUUGGUGGAUUUGGCGAUCAAGGCGUGGACCCGGGGUUGUACGCCAGAGUGUUGGCGUUUGAGUGUUUGAAAGCGCACCAAGUGUCCACGAAUCCGUUGUUUGGCGGAAGCGAUCCCAAAGCGAUGAUUUUGCAAGCGCAAAAGGAGACGAAAUUACCCGGGGCGUCCACGUUGUGCGUGGUGGAGAUUGAUAAGAGCGGGCAGUUGCGCGCCGCGAACGUCGGCGAUAGCGGGUUUAAGGUUAUCCGAGGAGGGGAGGUGGUUUUUGAAAGCACCCCGAGUCAGCAUUAUUUUAACUGUCCGUUCCAGUUGGGAUACAUGCCGUUGAGCGCGGACGCGGACGAUGCGAACGAGUGCGCGGAGCAGUACUCGUUUAAAGCGAUGGAAGGGGACGUCAUCGUCGUGGCGAGCGACGGCGUGUUUGAUAACGUAUUCAACGAAGAGUUGGUCAGAGUGGUCGGGAACAGUUGCAGUCAAGGUUUGUCCUACGAAUCGAUGGCAAAAUGUGCGGAAGACAUUGUUCUCGUGUCUAGGGCGCACGCGGAGGAUAAGACGUACGCGUCGCCGUAUUCUUUGGAGGCGGAGAAGUACGCCAAGGAAACCGGGACGAAAGUGAAAGUGCCGAGCGGCGGCGGCGGCGGUUUGUUUGGAGGAUUGAACAAGAUGAUGGGCAAAGGUGGAGGUGGAGGAGGGAAGAUGGACGAUAUCACGGUAGUGUGUGCGUUCGUCGGACCGACGGCGGAGGCGCAAGGAGAGAUUAUGAAAUCAGUCCAGUUAGCGGCUGGGUUGUACGACGAUUUGAUGCAAGCGAGGAAUAAAGCGAAAGGAGAAGAAGCGAAGACCUUGAGAACGGUACAGUUGAGGAAACAGAUGGACGAAGCGUUCGAAGAGUCGAAAGCGAAAGCGGAUAUGGCGAAAAAGCAGGAAGCGGCGGCGCCGUCGGAGUUUUCGAAGGCGCAAAUCGACGCCAUGGAUUCAGCCACCGUGAGACGGUUGUUGCAAGAGAGAGGCUUGCCGACGAGCGGGAAGUUGGAGCGGUUGAAAGAGCGCUUGGCCGGCGUCAAACGCAUGUGA